AUGAGGCUUCACAACAUGAGAAUCAAAGAUUCCAAGGGGAAAAAUGCUUGGGGUACUGCAUAUCCCGUGUUGGUGGGGGAUGAAAGUUAUGAAGACAAUUCCAUGGUCGUGUUCAGCUCAGUGCGCGAUGAGUCUGAAAUGGAGGCAAAGAGAAGCCAUACUGGCCCAUUGAAUAUAAGCUAUGCCAUAAGUAUUUAUGGCAUUUCAUCCCUUACUAAUCUUGCCUCCAAUCCACUCAACAUACUUCAAAUUUCUGCAGAAGGUGUCUAUGAUGAGGAAACAGGAAAUCUCUGUAUGGUAGGGUGUACAAAGCUGAGUAAAGAUGGUCAGAGAUCAAAAACUGAAUCAAUUGACUGUGAGGUGGUUGUGAAAUUCCAAUACCAACCGAUGAAUUCAAAAAAUGGGGGUCAAAUCAAGGGAACCAUUCAGAGCACGAGGAAGGAAACCGACCCUCUUUACUUCGCACAAUUGGAAGUGUCUGCAUCGACAUACUACACCGAGGAUGCGAGGAAUUCAAUAUGGCGAAUGGAUUUGGAAAUCGCCAUGGUUUUGAUCUCCAACACGCUCGCUUGUGUCUUCGUGGUGUUACAAAUCUUUUACGUGAGGAAAAACCCGGGAUUGCUUCCCCUUGCGUCUCUUGUCAUGCUUGUGAUCCUUGUUUUCGGGCACAUGAUUCCACUUGUGUUGAACUUUGAGACCCUCUUCUUGGAAAAACGCGAUAGGCGUAGGCAAUUGCUCAGGAGUGGUGGAUGGUUUGAAGUUAAUGAGGUGAUGGUGAGAAUUGUCACAAUGGUGGCUUUCUUGUUGCAAUUCCGACUACUCCAAUUGACAUGGUCUGCGCGAUUGGGAGGCGAAAACAACCAAAAGGCCUCGUGGGUUGCAGAAAAAAAGGCUCUAUUUGUGUCGAUACCAUUAUACGUAAUCGGGGUUUUGGUUGCAUUGUUUCUCAAUUUGAGGAACAAUAAGUCCGACAAUUCAAUGUAUUCUUCCUAUGAUGUUGCUGCUACUAUUGUUGUACAUCAACAAAAUUCUCUAUGGGGGGAUCUAAAAUCUUAUGGUGGUUUGAUCCUCGAUGGGUUCCUCUUCCCUCAAAUCCUCCUCAACAUGUUCCGAAUUUCAGGCGAAAAACCCCUUUCGCGCUCGUUCUACAUUGGAACAACAUUUGUUCGCUUGUUACCACACGCGUACGAUCUUUACAGGGCUCACAACUAUGCUCGCAAACAAUUUGAAGAGUCAUAUAUCUAUGCAAACCCGAGCGCAGAUUAUUAUUCCACGGCUUGGGAUGUCGGUAUUUCUUGUGGGGGUGUAGCAUUCGCAAUCAUCAUUUACUUGCAGCAGCGAUUUGGGGGCCGAUUUUUCCUUCCCCGGAGAUUUAGGGAGGCAGAAGCAGUGUAUGAGAAGGUGCCUGUGGUAAGCAGUGAGUAA